AGAGAUGAGAGGCUAAGAACAUUUCACUCCCUCCAUCUCUUUUGCAUCUCCUCAUGUCUCUUCCUCUCUCUCUGCUUUUCCAGGCUGAGACACUAUUAAGGGAAUAAACCAAACUAACGUUUACAAUAGACAAGCCAAUUAAAGUCCUCUUUGAAUCUUGGAACAUUACUAAUUGUUUUCUUUUAGAGUUUGUGAUUCGUAUUCUAGGAACUAACACUUAAUGUCACAUGCAUUUAAACAUGAGUUGACAUGAUUUGAUUUUCCCUCACUUUGUCUUUUAAAUCAACAAGGAAGCGUUUGAUCAUCUCAGGCAAGAGCUGUCUUAUAACCAAAAGAUAUUCCAAAGAUGGACUUAGCUUCCAAGAAGAGCACAUCUAAUGACACCACCAAGGAGAUAGACCCUACCUUGAUACCCAAGUCACCUCACGCUCCAUUUUCUCUUAAACUAGGAGACAAUGUUCCGAGAAACCCUCAUUUUGAUCUCAAAAAGAUGGAUCCCCUCGUCAGACACCAACCCACAAAGUCACCUGAACCCCCCACCGCAACCAGAGGGGGAACCAACGAGGCUGAUUCAAAGCACAGCGAAGGUGAUGGCUUAGGAACGAGGAAGAAUCUUCCUAAAAAUCUUCACUAUGAUCCCAAGAAGAUUGUUCCAUUAACCACACCUGAAACACCCUCACCAAGCGCCAGAACUCAUCCUCAACGUAGGACAAAAUCUCCAGACAACAAGAGAGCCCCCAGACACAAUGCAGACUCUGCCUAUGGUGAUUGCCCUUCAGCUACACCUUUCAAGCCUCACACGGGAGGUGACGUGAGAUGGGACGCCAUUAACUCGGUUACUUCAAGAGGGCCUCAGAUAGGUCUAGACAGCUUCAGGCUUCUGAAACGUCUAGGGUAUGGGGACAUAGGCAGCGUCUAUCUCGCUGACUUGCAAGGGACAAGUGCGGUUUUCGCAAUAAAGGUGAUGGAUAAGGCCUCGUUGGCUAGUAGAAACAAGUUGCCGAGGGCUCAGACCGAAAGAGAGAUCUUAUCCUUGCUUGAUCAUCCCUUCUUGCCAACGCUUUAUUCUUACUUUGAGACAGAUAAGCUCUACUGCCUUGUCAUGGAGUUCUGCAGCGGAGGAAAUCUACAUUCUCUCAGACAGAAACAGCCCAACAGGCGUUUCACAGAAGAGGCCGCGAGGUUCUACGCGUCUGAAGUGUUACUAGCAUUGGAGUAUCUACACAUGUUGGGGGUUGUAUACAGAGACUUGAAGCCAGAGAACAUCUUAGUUCGAGACGAAGGCCACAUAAUGCUUUCAGACUUUGACCUUUCCCUCCGUUGCACCUUUAACCCAACCCUCGUGAAGUCCUCCUCCGUCUGUAGCGGAGGAGGAGCUAUCCUCAACGAGGAGUUCGCCGUCAACGGCUGCAUGCAUCCCUCAGCCUUCCUCCCACGUCUCCUCCCUUCCAAGAAAACACGCAAAGCCAAAUCAGACUCCGGCCUGAACGGCCUCUCCAUGCCAGAGCUCAUGGCUGAGCCAACGGAUGUACGGUCAAUGUCCUUUGUAGGCACACACGAGUACUUAGCUCCAGAGAUCAUACGUGGAGAGGGACAUGGAAGUGCUGUAGACUGGUGGACGUUCGGGAUCUUCCUCUUCGAGCUCUUACACGGAACAACACCGUUCAAAGGACCAGGGAAUAGAGACACGCUCCACAACGUUGUUGGUCGGCCCUUGAAGUUCCCAGACCUCCCUCACGUGAGCUCAGCGGCGCGUGAUCUCAUUCGCGGUCUUCUAGUGAAGGAUCCUCACAGGAGAAUCGCUUACACAAGAGGAGCUACGGAGAUAAAGCAACACCCUUUCUUUGAAGGUGUUAAUUGGGCUCUGGUGCGUAGCGCUGCACCGCCGCACAUUCCUGACCCUGUUGACUUGGGACCGUUGACUGCUGCUAGAGGGAAGUCCAAGGGACAUGGAAGUAGUGAUCACUAUAAUAACCCAAUGAAGCCUGAUGCUCAGGUCGCUUGUGCUGCUGGUCCUGCUACUCCCACUGAUGAUACUGCUUAUGUAGACUUUGAGUACUUUUAGACACAGCAACACCCUAAGCUUGAGAGAUUCUAUAUGUUUUUCUUGUUCAUACUCUUAAUUUUUUUGACUAAUGCAGUUUGUGCUAUGUAAAGAGAAACAAAUGACUUUAUUUGUCCACAAGAAAAUUACUGAAGCUUUAACUAGAGAAAGAAAUGACUUUAUUUUUUUGACUAAUACAGGGUUAGGGUCCCAAUCGGUUCUUCGGUUUAAAAAUACCUGAUUUGUAUCUACUUUGUAAUCAAAACAUAAAUAAAGCCGGUUCUUCGGUUUUAAAAUACAUGAUUUAUACCUAUUUUGUAACCAAAACACAAGUAAAAUCGAUUCAAAAAUAAGAAAUGAACAUCAAACGUGAACAUUUAAAAUCAAACCAGAGAUAAACACAUUUAUCGAUAGAAAGAAAACCUAAUAAAUGAAAGCGUAAAACAAAAACCAAGUUCUCAUGAAAUGAGAAACAUUAUUCAAUGAAAACAAAACCAAAAUCUAAAAACUUCAAGCUUCAACUCCCAUCUUCAACCAUCAACCUUCAUGUAAUAGAUAAUUAUUUUAGAUGUUCAAUAAUAUCUUAGUGUAUUUUGGAUACAUAUUAGGAAUUGAGAUCAUGUUUGGUAUAAGACUAUAAGUUCUUUUUUGGGAUUUUGAAUCUUUUGGGUUCUAUCGGGUAUCCAUUUAGGUUCGGGUUCGGUUCGGAUAAUACCCAUAACCCGAAAUACGGUAAAACAAGAUCCAUUCGGUAUUUACAUCGGGUUCGGAUCGGUUCAGAUUCAUUUUUAUCGGAUCGGGUCCGGUUCGGAUUUUCGGAUUCGGAUUCAAUGAAGCAUGAUGCUCAAGUCGCUUGUGCUGCCGGUCUUGCUACUCCCACUGAUGAUACAGCUUAUGUAGACUUUGAGUACUUUACACAGUAAUACUCUAAGCUGAGAAAAUUCUAUAUGUUUUUCAUGUUCAUAUUUUUUUUUGAUUAAUACAGAUCGUGCUAUGUAAAGAGAAACAAAUGCCUUUAUCCAUAUAAACAAUGUUCAAGAAAACGGUAUCCAAAUAACUAAAUGAUUAUUGUGAACUAACGAUUAAACUGAUUAUUCAGAGUUUAAAGAGAAACUUAAAUGUUAAUAAGUUAUUGAUUUGUUUUUAUAUAAUUUAUAUUUAUAUUAGAUAUUUUAGUUUUAAAAUUUAAUUAUAAAAUUAUUUUGAUGAAUUAUAAAAAUUAUAGGUAUUUCAAAAAAAUGAAUUAAAAA